AUGGCUAGCAUAUUCAAUUUAUUUGGUGAAAUAUCAGAACGUGACAAAGAUUCGGUUCUGAAGCCUUUGUCAAGAUCGAAAACAUCUCUUGAAAUAAAUAAUCUUGCUAGAAAAAAUGUUGGACAAUCAAAACCAAAAGGUUUAUCAAUUAGAUCUAACUCUGAUUUAAAUGUACCUGCUGCUGUGCAAAAUUCCUUUAGUAAACAACAGGAAAAUUUAAAACCAAAACUAACACAGUUAGACAGUAGUGGCUGUCCAGUAUCACCCAGAAAAGAUCUUCUAUCGAAGAAAUUAAAUGAAUCUUCAAACACGCUAAAAGAUGCAUCUCUAAAAGAAAUAUUUAAUAAAAAAGAUGUGAAAUUAUCAAUACCAUCUUAUGAAAGUAUUUUUAAAAAGCCAUUGCCACCAAAGAAGAUGAUUAAAAAAAUAUAUCCAGAACCAGAAAGACUAGCACCAUAUCAUGAUGUACAAUUUGAAUUUGAAGAUAUUUAUACAAAAACUAUAGAAAAUGAGUUCAAAGAGUUGCUUAUGAAAAAGAGAAAUGAGGAGAUACCUUACAUAGAUGAAGGAUUUGAGUCAGAUCCAGAGUGCAUUGAUUUUGAAAUACCAGAAUUACGUACAUCACCUAAAUUAUUUUAUGAAGAACAAGCACAAUGUAAAACUCCUGAUUUACCAGAAAUAUCAGAUGGUGAUAAUGAUAAUCAUUUUGAAGAAUAA